GUAGUCAACGACGUUUCGUUAGUUUUAAUUUUUUUUAACCUACUCUAAAAACGAGUAGAUUUUGUCAAGUAUGUACUUGAUGACACAUUCAAUAAGAUUCGAAGACUGGUGGAGAAAAAAGAAGACGACCAGUGAUUCCUGCCUCUAUUUGAGUUGAAUUCAUGUAGUUAAAUGAAAAACGGUCAACGGUUAAAAACGGCCAACGGUUAUUUUAUGUAUUCUUUGGUUAAAAUUUUGAAGGAUUAUCAACGGUUGAUGCAACUAGUUCGAUAAAUCAACGCCCAUCUCUAAUGUGUAUGUAGUGAGCAAGCAGGACAUUCGCAAAUUCAAUGUUUUAUAUUUUAUAGUUUGUUGUGGUUUUUUGCAUUCUUUUCAUUGUUGCAAAUGCUUAGUGAUUUUAUUUUCGUUAGGAAAGUGCGGAUGGAUCAUGAAUAAAGAUCGGCAUGUUUUCAAUUAAUAAUUCACUAUCCAUGACUGACUUACGAAAUUGCAUUGGGGUGUUGUGAUUCGUGGACGGGCGUGAACAUCCGGAAUAAUUACAUGAUUUAUAAUCAAUUUUACUGCCCACAGUGCAUUGUGGCGAAAUUUCGUGCGUGAUGGUAGAAAGAAGAUAGUGAUAGAGAUACGUUUUCGAUAAUGUCGUUACAGAAGAGCGUUAAGAGUGCGGGGGACCGCGGUGAGCAGGCAGACAACGCAUCGAUAUGCUCCUCAGUGACCACACAGCCCGAUAGACAUGGAUUUUUUGGAGGUGCUCAGUACAGUCCAGAACCCAAGAGGACCGUAUCCCCGAGCACGAUCCUGAAGCGCGAGCAGAAGUGGCUGCGCAUGCUCGACAAUUGGGAAGCUUUCAUGAGCAGAAACUACAAGAAGGUGCGCGAGCGCUGUAGGAAAGGCAUCCCGGCGUCGGUGCGGCCCAAGGCGUGGCUGUACCUGUGCGGCGGGCAGCUGCUGCUCGACAAGCACCCGCACGACUACGAGGAGCUGCUGCGCGCGCCCGGGGACCCCAAGUGCAUGGACGAUAUUCGCAAGGACCUGCACCGCCAGUUCCCCUACCACGAGAUGUUCAUCCGCGAGGAGGGCCUCGGGCAACAGGAGCUGUUCUCGGUGCUGAAGGCGUACUCCGUGCUGAACCCCAAGGUGGGGUACUUCCAGGCGCAGGCGCCAGUCGCCGCCUUCCUGCUGAUGCACAUGCCCGCCGUGCAGGCCUUCUGGUGCCUGGUGAGCAUCAGCGACAAGUACCUCAGCGGCUACUACAACCCCGGCCUGGAGGUGCUGCAGCGCGACGGCGACAUCCUGCACGCGCUGCUGCGCCGCACCGCGCCCGCCGUGCACCGCCACCUGCUGCGCCACAAGGUCGAGCCCGUGCUCUACGCCACCGAGUGGUUCCUGUGCGCGCUCACCCGCACGCUGCCCUGGGACAGCCUGCUGCGCGUCUGGGACUGCUUCCUCUGCGAGGGAGUCAAGGUGCUCUUCAAAGCGGCCCUCGUCAUCCUGGCGGGCACGCUGGGCCCUGCGCGCGCGCGCCGCCGCGCCCACGGCCUCUGUGAGACGCUGGAGCUGCUGCGCCAUCCGCCGCCCGCCGUGCUGGCCGAGGACUACCUGCUGCAGCACAUGCAGCGCCUCGCCCUGACAGAGGACGACUUCGAGUUCGAACACCAGCGGCAGACCGCGCGCCGCCGCGCCCUGCACGACCGCAGCGGCAGCUGAUUCAGCGAGUGCUCGUACCGGCGGUACUCCAAGAACGCGCGCGACCUCUUCCACACGCUGUGAAGCUGAGCGCGCGCCGCCGGCCGCGAGCCCCCCACCACCCCCACUCACAUGGUGAUGUUCCGGCUUUCAUGUGAAGUAAAACCACAUUCCGAUGUGCUGCAGUAUUCUGACUUUACUUAUUUAGUAUAAUGUUCAAUAAUAAUACAUUGUGAUAAGAAUGUGUAUAUUGCAUAUGUAGGUUAAGUCUGUAAAUAUACACGAGAGCGUUCUCUGUGUGCGUCUUACUUUCAUUGUG